AUGAAAGAUUUUCUCAAUGGGAGAAAACUACUGAAGGGAGAAGGAAGUCUGGCCUCCAAGAAGAAAAGUGCUAGCGAAAUAACAAAAAUUCCAGUCAGGCUAAUGGAAAGCUUGAAUGAAAAGAAAAAAUUGCUAGAAUUUGUCAAAGGGAUGGAAGAUCCGACUGAUCAGACGGUACUGGUUUGGUAUCAGGGAAAUCUGCAUCUCUUACGUCGUCGACCCUCUGCAUUUCCAAACGAAAAUUUGUGGUAUCCACUUACUGCUAUUGGGCACGAAAUACGAAAUGCGCCAUUGAUUGCUAGAUUCGUGAACAAGAGCUUUCCCAAAAUUGACGCGUUUACUAGAAAAAUGAAACAGUUCAGGACUUCUUUUGUGAGAAAUGAAUCACCCAGAAAUGAAGAGAUAGACAUCAUCAAAACUACAAACCAGGAAGAUUAUUAUCGCAAGCUCCGCGCUUUUGUGAAUCGACCCACAUAUGUUUCUAAGCCUGGCUUCAGAACAAGACGGAUCAUGUACAAUAGAAGAAACCGUGAUGCGUCUCUUUCAAGCAAGGACUGUCCUAACUGUCCACCUCGGUAUUACCAGUAUACCAAAAAUAAGUUUUUGGAUUCUUUCCAAGGAGAAAUUAUUCCACUACCGAGUCAGUCUAAUACUGGCACACCUACCGCAAAAUUUACAGAAAUCAACGGCUUUGGACAGUUAUGUAGUCCAUCAGACUGA